AUGGAUCCGGAUAAACAACCCCCGUUGGAGGGUGAUGAUGCUCAGCUGGCCGCUAUGGGCCACAAGCCUGAGCUGAAACGGCAAUUUUCUACUUGGGCGAUGUUGGGACUGGCAUUUGCCGUGUUGAAUUCGUGGACUGCUCUUUCAGCCAGUUUGUCGAUUAGUCUUACCUCGGGCGGGAGUACUAGUGUGAUCUGGGGUCUGAUCACCGCCGGCUUCUGCAAUUUUUGUAUUGCGGCUUCGCUGGCCGAAUUUCUCUCUGCGUAUCCGACGGCCGGUGGACAGUAUCAUUGGGUUGCAGUUAGUAUGUUUGAAUCGCUCCUCCCCAUCCGAAUACCCAUUAACCAAUUAAUAGUCGCUUGGCCGAAAUGGGUCCCCAUUCUCUCCUGGAUCACGGGAUGGAUCAACGUUGCUGGAUGGGUUGCUCUCGUGGCCACAAACUCGCUCCUCUCGAGUCAAUUGAUCGUGGGAAUCAUCUCAGCUAUGCAUCCGAGCUACGAUCCUCAGCGCUGGCACCAGUUCCUUAUCUAUGUUGGCCUGACGUUAGGCGCCUUCUGUAUUAAUGCUUUUGGCAACGCCAUUCUCCCCAUCAUCUACCGCGGUGCUUUUACGUGGUCAAUUGGUGGCUUUGUGAUUGUGUCAAUCACCGUGCUUGCGUGUGCUACGCCUGAUUAUAACACGGCUCGGUUUGUCUUUACCAAUUUCAUCAAUACUACAGGAUGGCCUGAUGGUGUUGCAUGGCUCCUCGGAUUACUGCAAGGAGGACUUGGUGUCACUGCCUUUGAUGCCGUUGCUCAUAUGAUCGAGGAGGUCCCCAAUGCCUCAGUGGAGGGCCCCAAGAUUAUGGUGGCAUGUGUUGGUAUCGGUACCGUGACUGGUGCCAUCUUCCUGAUUGUGCUGCUUUUCGUUGCCGGCGAUAUGAAGCAGGUCACCACUUCCGCUGCGGGUCCCCUUCUGCAAAUUCUCAUCGAUGCCACUAAGAACAAAGCAGGUGCUAUUUGCCUCCUGAUGCUGCCUAUUGUCUGCUUGAUUCUUGCUAUUCUCAGCGUGAUGACUACAAGCAGCCGAAUGAUCUUCGCUUUCGCACGUGAUGGCGGUCUUCCCGCGUCCCGGUUCUUUGCUACAGUGCACCCUACGCUGAAGCUGCCGCUAAACGCACUCCUCCUGACCGUCGUAGUCGUCAUCUGCUUCGGAUGUAUUUUCUUAGGCUCAUCCAGUGCCUUCAACGCCAUUAUCUCGGCUUCCGUCGUGGCCCUUGAUCUAUCGUAUAUGAUGCCUAUUCUCGUCAAUUGUCUCCAAGGGCGCAGAGCCCUUCCCGAGAGAAGAUGGAAGUUGCCUAACGCUGUUGGGUGGUUUGCCGACAUGGUCUCUCUGGCGUAUAUCAUUCUGACAACCGUACUUUUUGUCUUCCCUCCUUCCAGAACGGUGACUGGAAGCAGCAUGAACUACUGUGUUGCUGCUUUUGCUGUGAUCAUCAUUAUCUCCGUCUUCCAGUGGUUCAUCGACGGCCGAAAGAAUUACACCGGCCCCCGUGUUGAUUUGGCAAUGGAGGGGCUGGAUACCAUGCCGACGCACGACUUCGAGCCUGGGCUCCACGAGAAAUAA